AGAGCGCUGACUUUGGGUCACGUGUCUGUCAAAGCUCGCGCAGCUGAUGUCAACACAGCCAAGGGAGGAAACUAGAAGCUAACUCAGGGAGUUGAAAGUAGUGUCUUUGACUCUUAACAGUCACGUCUAAUGUGUAUUAAUGUUAUUGUUAGUUGUUGGCGACAGCCUAACCGGUUUUUGGCUUAGGCAGAACAUCAUGGAGUAAGAGGGAACUGUGUUUACUAGCACUAGCCGCGGCUAGCCUGCUAACCUGUGAGGUACCGACCGGACUAACAGUGUCGUCAGCUGUUGUUUUGGUUGAAGAGAUUAUUGGCCCACACGCCGAACAUCACUUUAGUGAAGCAGUCAGUGACGCCGGAAUCGACCAGGCCACCUCCUCUGUUUGGCUGCAGAAACACGGAACUGCUCAGUCUUUGAUGGCGACAAUUGGGUGUACCACCCCAAACAGAGUCUAAAUCAGCUGCUGUCCCGACCCUCGUCCACUCAUCGCAGGAUUAAUCUAUCAGAAGGUCGGUUAGCUGACCCGCAGAAAUAUCACUCCUUCAACAUGCAUGACGCGUAUGAACCAGUGCCUAUCUUGGAGAAACUUCCUCUUCAGAUUGACUGCCUGGCAGCCUGGGAGGACUGUCUGCUUGUGGGAACAAAACCGGGGCAUCUUCUUCUUUAUCGUAUCAAAAACAAUGCAGGUAGACAUCACUUUGAGGUGACACUGGAGAAGUCCAACAAGAACUUCUCAAAGAAGAUUCAGCAGCUUUUUGUUGUCCCUCAGUACAAAAUCCUUGUCAGCCUUCUGGAGAACAACAUCUACGUCCAUGACCUCCUCACGUUCCAGCAGAUCACUGUGCUGUCCAAAGCACGAGGAGCCUCGCUGUUUGCAUGUGACCUGCAGCAAACGUCUACAGGAGAGGAAACGCUGAGGAUGUGUGUGGCAGUGAAGAAGAAACUGCAGCUGUACUACUGGAAGGACAGGGACUUUCACGAGCUGCAGGGUGACUUUGGUGCUCCAGAUAUUCCAAAGUCCAUGGCCUGGUGUGGAAACUCCAUCUGUGUUGGUUUCAAGCGAGACUAUUACCUUUUUCGGAUGGACGGGCGUGGCUCCAUUAAAGAACUGUUCCCCACUGGGAAACAGCUGGAACCUCUAGUUGCCCCACUGGCUGAUGGGAAGGUGGCUGUUGGACAGGAUGACCUCACUGUGGUUCUGAAUGAAGAAGGCGUUUGUACUCAGAAGUGCGCCCUCAACUGGACAGACAUCCCUAUAGCAAUGGAGCACCAGCCUCCGUACAUCAUCGCUGUUCUUCCUCGGUACGUGGAGAUCCGGACCUUUGAGCCUCGGUUGUUGGUGCAGAGUGUGGAGCUGCAGAGGCCUCGCUUCAUCAGCUCAGCAGGGCAAAAUAUUGUGUAUGUUGCCAGCAACCAUUUUGUGUGGCGCCUGGUGCCAGUGUCCAUAGCCAAACAGAUCCAACAGCUCCUUCAGGACAAACAGUUUGAGCUGGCGCUUCAGCUGGCGAAGAUGAAGGAUGACUCAGAUGGAGAUAAAAAGCGGCAGAUUCAUGACAUCCAGAGUCUUUACGCCUUCAAUCUCUUCUGUCAGAAGAAAUUUGAUGACUCCAUGCAGGUGUUUGCCAAACUGGGCACAGAUCCCACUCAUGUGAUUGGACUUUACCCAGAUCUGCUCCCGUCAGACUUCCGUAAACAGCUGCACUAUCCCAACCCUCUGCCUACACUGUCGGGGGCGGAGCUGGAGAAGGCUCACCUGGCUCUGAUCGAUUACCUCACACAGAAACGCAGUCACUUGGUGAAACAGCUGAACGACUCCGACCGUUCGACAACAUCUCCACUCAUGGAGGGAACGCCGACGAUAAAGAGCCGCAAAAAGCUGCUGCAGAUCAUCGAUACCACGCUGCUGAAGUGUUACCUGCACACCAACGUGGCGCUGGUGUCCCCCCUCCUUCGUCUGGAGAACAACCACUGCCACAUUGACGAGAGUGAGCAGGUGCUGAAGAAGGCUCACAAGUACAGCGAACUGAUUAUCCUGUAUGAGAAGAAGGGUCUGCACCAGAAAGCUCUGCAGGUUCUUCUGGAACAGUCCACCAAGGCCAACUCUCCACUGAAGGGCCACGAGCGAACGGUGGAAUACCUCCAGAGACUGGGAGUGGAGAACAUGGGAAUGAUCUUUGAGUUUUCACCCUGGGUGCUGAAGAACUGUCCUGAGGACGGACUGAAGAUUUUCACUGAAGACCUGACGGAAGUGGAGACUUUGCCUCGGGACAAGGUGCUGAACUUCCUGAAGGACGGCUUCAAAGAGCUGGCCAUUCCAUAUCUGGAGCACAUAAUCAAUGUGUGGGACGAGAAGGAGCCGGAGUUUCACAACGUCCUGACCCUGCUCUACCUGGAGAGUGUUCAAGUCCUGAUGAAGGAAUAUCUCAAAUCUCUGCCAGAAGGAGUUCCAGCUGUGGCUGCAGGACAAGAGGAGGGAAAACUGGGAGAGUUCAGGAAGAAGCUGCUGUUUUUCCUGGAAACUUCCAGCAGCUACGAACCAUCCAGACUCAUCAGUAACUUUCCCUUUGAUGGUCUACUGGAGGAGCGGGCUUUACUCCUGGGUCGAAUGGGCAACCACGAGCAGGCGCUCUUCAUAUACGUGCACAUACUGAAGGACACCAGCAUGGCUGAAGAAUACUGUCACCGACACUACAACAGCUCAGUCGAAGGAAACAAAGAUGUUUAUCUGUCGCUGUUGAGAAUGUACCUGUCGCCUCCUGACGUCCGCUGUCUGGGGCCCAUCAAGAUGGAGGUGUCUGGGCCUCAGGCCAACCUGCAGGCGGCUCUGCAGGUCCUGGAGCUCCACCACAGCAAACUCAACACCACCAAGGCCAUCAAUCUGCUCCCGGCAAACACUCCGAUCCGGGAGAUCCGGGUUUUCCUGGAGAGCGUCCUGGAGGAGAAGGCUCAGAGGAAACGCUGCAACCAGGUCCUGAAGAGUCUGCUGCAGGCCGAGUACCUCAGGGUGCAGGAGGAGAGAAUCUUCCACCAGCAGGUGAAGUGUGUCAUCACAGAAGAAAAGACCUGCAGAGUCUGCAAAAAGAAGAUCGGCAACAGUGCCUUCGCCAGGUACCCAAACAGUGUGGUGGUUCAUUACUUCUGCUGCAAGGACCGCACCGUGUGUCCCAGCGAGCAGUAACUCCUCGUCCUCCCGUCAUCCUUCCUCCUCGUGGACGUCCAUCAGAGACCAUCCAUCCAGAAUGGUUCUGAGUGCUGAACUGUGAGUGCAAAAUCAUUUUUGGUUGGCUUCCUUGUUUCUCUCGCUUUAAGCCAAGACGAGGACUUUCUGACUGUGCAUGAAGAAACAGGAAGUGAGUCCAGGCUCAGUCAGCAGGAGGAGACACUGAGAAAGACAGGGGGAGACAGUGAAGAAGACGAGGAGAGGCAAACGCUGAACCUUGAAGGAGCUGCUCCUGUGACCUUAGUCAGGAGUUUGUCAGUCUCUCCUCUGGUGAAGGACCAGGAGACGAAAGGAGCUGUGGACCAUGUUUGUCCUCCUGUCUGUCUUUGUCCUCCACCAACACUGUGUUCUUUUAUAUGAACUCUGCUUCUUGGCCAUAAAUACUGAGCACUAAAGCUCUGCUCUGCCUUGUGUGACCAGAGAUUGUCUUUGGAAUGAAGUGGCAUGUCUGUCUUUUCUUUUGUUUAGCAUGUCCUGGUACUGACCGGACAAAACAAAGUCAAACCUGCAAGAUUCUUUUUUUUAUUGUACAUUAAAGUUAAAGGAAAUAUAUUUCUGGUUUUAACACAUGGGGGCGUUGUUUAUGGUCAGAGAUUACUGUAAGUUUGGAAAAAGUUUUAUUUGUUGAUGGUUAAGGUUACACAGCUGAACAACAUUUAGGGUCUAGGACGUCAAGAAGCUGUCCCUAAUAAAAUGGCCAGUGACUGGAGGUGCAGGUUUAUUGGCUGACGAGGCCUGUAAUCCUCCACACAAACCCUGUUUUUUUUUUCUUAAAGGCUGGGUGUUUCAUAGGGAGUCAUUCAAUGUUGCAGAGCACUGGUCAUGUUAUUUUGAGGACAAUAACAGAAAUAUUCUACUUCCAGAGUUUUGCUUCUGUAAACACUCCAGAAAUUUGGUCUUUGUUGGAAAAAGAGUUUAAUGUAUCUGUGUCCUUAACAACAGACACUGAAAACUGUUGAAUUGUCCUUUAAGUCAAGUGGCGUUUUUCCACCUCUCAUUAAAUACUAUUCUCUUCAUCUCCUCCUCUUUGUGAAUAGACAACAUUGAAGGUUUUUAAUGAUAUUUUUGACUAUUCUGACCGUUGUUUAUUCUUUUUCUCUUCAUCCUGACGUUUAAUGAAGCAGAAUGAAACGAUGGCCGUGGUUGAUGGUCAGCACUGUUGUCAAAUUCAAAUAAAAUUAACUUAAAAUUAACUUAAUAUGAACACGACGCAGUAGAGUUCAGGUAACGAGAUCAAUAUUUUAACCUUGUUCUGGUACAAUAUUAAUACGAGGAUGACGUUGAAACAUGUCCAGUAUUUGUACUGGUGAUGGACCAGAGCAGGAGAAAUCCUCAAACACUGAUGAAGGUCUGUGUACAGCAGCAGGUUUAUGAUGAAAACAGUUGACCUGUGACCUGUGACCUUUGACCUGACAGAUGGAGGCAGCUGUUUUUCUCUGCUGUGAACUACUGAGUGACGGGGUUUUAUUCUUUACCACUGACGUUACAACUGGACGUGACGUCAGUGUCUGAGCAGCGGUCUGACCUGUGCACAUUGUUUAAGGCAAUAUUCUAAUGAAGUGGAGUGAAAUCGAUGAAGCAGCAGCAGGACUUCAACAGAAGGAUGAAGAUCAGCCAGUGUUUUCAGUGAAUGUUGAAACUCUGGCCAAUGAGAAAUGUGAUCAAUUAAAUAUGUCUUUUUUUUAAAACCGCAAUCACAGUUGAAUCAACAUUCAACCACAAAUCAUUAGCAUCUUUGAAACAGUCGACGACAAACGUUGCACAGAUUCUUUACUCUGACUGUUUGAGCUCCGCUCGUCUGUUUGUUUGUUUGUUUGUUUGUGUUGAUCAGUUGUACCACAGUGUGUUCACCGUGCAGACACUGAGUAUUAUGAUGAUACCACAGGUACUGUGUGUGUGGUGGGGCGGGGGGGCGAUGUGUAAUAAACAAACAUUUCCACUCCCA